GCGCAGCUAGAGCUCCGGGUGGUCCGCUGGGCGCGGGACUUGGCGGUUCCGCGGGCUUCAGCCGCAGCGUUUUCCCGGCCAGGCAUCUGGCCGCAGCCUCAGGACACAAGAUGGACCCCUCCUCUGUCACAGAAAUGUCUGCCCCAGCUCAGCCACCCACUGAAGGGGCAGAAGGGACUGCCCCAGGAGGUGGUCCCCCUGGCCCUCCUCCUAAUACAACCAGUAACAGACGACUACAGCAAACCCAGGCACAAGUGGAGGAAGUGGUGGACAUCAUGCGUGUCAAUGUGGACAAAGUCCUGAAGAGGGAUGAGAUACUGUCACAGCUGGAUGACCGAGCGGACGCCUUGCAGGUGGGAGCAUCACAAUUUGAGAGUAGUGCUGCCAAGCUAAAGAGGAAGUAUUGGUGGAAAAACUGCAAGAUGAUGAUCAUGCUGGGAGCUAUCUGUGCCAUCAUCGUGGUAGUCAUUGUAAGACCUCCAUCCUCAGAAGACUGGCUUUUUAUCUCUGUGGCCCCUUCUCAUGAUAGCAAGAUGGCUGCCACAGCUCAAGCUUAGCUUCCUUACUGGCCUCCCUGCACCUAUGCUGUCAUUGGUUGGACUCAGUGUUGGCUUUGUCCUCCAUGUGAUAUAGGAGUGGUGUUCUCAAAGAUAACAUAUGGGGGGUUAGCUGGAUUCGACUUAAUUGUCCCAUUAUCAGCUACUCUUGUAUCUGGUUCUUUCUUUCUUUCAAGAUUUUAUUUAUUUAUUCAUGAGAGAUACAGAGAGAGAGAGAGAGAGGCAGACACACAGGCAGAAGGAGAAGCAGGCUCCAUGCAGGGAGUCUGAUGUGGGACUCAAUCCUGGGUCCCCAGGAUCACGCCCUGGGUGGAAGGCAGGCGCUAAACCACUGAGCCACUCAGGUAUCCCGUUUCUUUUGAAGACAACAAUCAAGGGAGUGCCUGGGUGGCUUAGUCAGUUUAGCAUCUGACUCUUGGGUUCAAUUCAGGUGAUGAUCUGAGAUGGAGCCCAGCAUCGGGCUGGUGCUCAGUGCAGAGUCUGCUUGUCCCUCUCCCUCUGCUCUCUCUUCCUCUCUUAUAUAUAUAUAAAAAAAGAUUAGGACACUGACAUAUAGGAGAUAAGACCACCUGAAGACACAGGGGGAAGACAGCUAUUGGCAAACCAAGGAGAGAGGCCUCCGAAGAAACCAACCUGCUGACACCUUGAUCUUGGACUACUGGCCUCCAGAACUGUGAGAAAAUAAUUUUCUGUUCUUGAAGCCUUCCAGCUUGCAGUGCUUUGUGAGGGCAGCCCUAAAAUUAACACAGGCUGGUAUCAUCCUAGAUGUGAAGGGUGUCACCUGGGACUGGGCCUUGGCACCAUUUCCUUAAAAAAAGGUUUCCUCCUUUUAUUUUGCUGAAAAUUGAAGAAAUUUUUUUUUAUCUAAAUGCAUUGGAACAAUGAUUAAGGAUUCAUGUGGUCUGGGUCUGGCAUACUGGAAGAGUGGAGGGAUUAACUCUAAAGAUACAGUUCACUAUAACUUCCUUUUUUUUAAGCAAUUUUUUUAGGAUUUUUUUUUUUGAGAGAGAGAAAAUGAACAGGAGGAGGGGCAGAGGGAGAAGCAGACGCCCCACUGAGCAGAGAGACUGACGAGGGGCUUGAUCUCAGGACCCCGACUCAAUCGCAGGACUGCAGCUCCAUCCCAGGACCCUGGGAUCCUGACCUGAGCAAAGGCAGAUGCUUAACUGACUGAGCCACCCAGACAUCCCAAGGCUUACUUCUUAAUAAAGGAGUUUGGAUCUAAUACUCUCAUGGUCAGCCUUAAAUAACCCAACCACUCAGAUGGAUCGGACGGCUCCUGCAGCAUGUGUUUUAUAGCCACACCAUCUUGAUGAGCCCCAGUGACAGAGUUCUUAACAUCAGACCCAGAUGGUGACCUUUUAUGGAAGGAGAAGGCGGCUGCCUGUGGCUUUCCUCACAAUCCUUCACGUUCAGGUUGUCUCUACCAGGCGGCGAGGCUGAUAAAUUCUGAGGCCCAAACAUUUCCUAAUCCUAAUCAAAGAGCUUGAGAAGAUUUAAAGUUCUUUUUCUGGG